AUGAGUGUCUUACAUCAUAUCCCUAAAUUUAAUUAUGCAGGAAACUUCACUGGUGAAAACCAAUCAGCUUCGAGAUGGCUCAGAAAUAUCAAACUUGACCUUGAUUCUAGCAGCUCCGAAUUAAAUCCAAUGCACAUGUAUGUAUGGGCUAUUGAUGUCUUGUUGGAAGGAUCUGCAGCACAAUGGUGCGAUUCCAUCCCAGCAAUCAAGCGUAUUUUGAAGAAUUACGACACAGCAGAUUCGUCAGAGGUCAAAUGGCUUGAGCGUGAGCUGAUCAAACAAUUUCCUGGAGACAUUAUGGAUACCCCUGUUGAGCGCAUCAUUACCCGAAGCCAUUUGUAUAGUCUCAAGGUAGUUACGAACUUAGACUCUGCUACGGCAGGGCUAGAGAAGGUAUAUAUCAGUCAGAAGACCAAGAGCUGGACUCAGUGGUCAAAAACACCCCGGGCUACUCAGGGCCAUCGCAAACAUCAAUACCAUGAUGAUCGACAAGACAGGCGUGGGACAUCACAAAGAGCAAAAGAGAGUGGUGUCAUUGACGAGUAUCACUUCUACAAUAGGCCCAGGUCUUCAGCGAGCUCUCCAAAAUACCACAACGAUCAGUAUCAUGGUUCUAAAACUGUUACCAAAACGCUACCGGUCUCUAAGACAUACAGCAGCAAUCGAGCCCAACCAAAUGCUGACGGGAAAAUGUUCUCGAAAAAUACCACUCCACGGGGUAUCCUAAAGAAUAGCCCUAACUAUGUCCGACAGCCAAGUGCGUAUCCCUGCGACAAUCAAGAGCCCAAAAGAGUCCGCUAUUUGAGCGUUAGAAAUUCGCCUCCCCUCCAAAGUCAUCACAGCGUUGACCACCACCCAAAACAUCAAAGUCAGGAACCUCGAAAAACACCGCAUAUACACCAUUCAGAAUCCAGAACUUACCCUUCCGAUUCGAGACCAAAACAUCAGAGUUCACAAACGUCCUAUCCAGAGGUCACAGUUAUACCAUCGAGUUCUCGGCAUCGGCAUUGGUCUUAUGUGCCGCUUUCUGCCCCUCGAGCUUCUCGUUACCCGGUCCAAAAGUCGACUGAUCGUGAACGUGGCCCAUCUACAUACCAAACACGAUCGAAACCUAGCUCCAGCACUUGGAAAACAUUCAACUCGGCGAUUGAUACACUUGAGCAACGUCGUCGAGCCUCAAGCCGUUGGUUUCUGAGCUGA